AUGAUCAUAUGGGUCGAUGACCUGAUCAUUGCAGCAAGUAACAAAGAGAGACUGAAAAAGGUGAAAGAGAUGCUUGCAGAAAAGUUUAAAAUGAAAGAUCUGGGUGAACUCAAACAUUUUCUGGGUAUCGAUUUCAGUCAGUCAGACGGAUGUGUAAAGAUGUCACAGGAAAAGUACACUAAUAAGAUACUACAGCGUUUUAAUAUGCAAGACUGUAGGACCAGAGAAACACCCGGUGAGCAAAAGCUUGAGUAUACUGCGGAUGCAGUAAAGAUGGAAGAUAGCAGGGUGUACAGAGAGGCCGUGGGAAGUCUUAUAUACCUGACUACGUGCACCAGACCAGAUUUGAGCUUUGUAGUGAGCAGGUUGUCACAGUAUUUUGCUGAGCCUACAGAGGAGCAGUGGGUCACGGUGAAACACGUACUUAGAUAUCUCAAAGGCACAGCAGAGAAAGGGUUAAGUUUCAGGAGAAACGACCAUGAAAAGCUAGGUAUAAAGGCCUACAGUGAUGCUGAUUGGGCAGCUGAUACCAGUGACAGACGCAGUACCACGGGAUACUGUGUGAGCCUUAGUCAGAACAGCUCCCUAGUCUCAUGGAAGACUAGAAAACAACCUACGGUUGCACUAUCAACGUGUGAGGCAGAAUAUAUGGCACUGGCUUCAACCAUACAGGAGUGUCUAUACCUAGAGCAGUUACUGGGAAGUAUAGAUAACUAUGAGUACACACAAACGAUAGUAUAUGAGGACAAUCAGGUCAACAAUCGCUCUUGCCAACAAUCCUGUAAACAGGCGAAGAUGUAA